CCACAAACAAGGCUACCUACCUGGGAUAUCCGCGACCCCCCCGGGCUGCAUCGACGUCAACCCAGCGGCAAAGACCACCUCAGCCAAAAGUACAAACAGGUGGCACUGAACCGAGCUGCCACCCCGGGUACAUACUUUGUCUUGCUCCCUUGCUGGCCCACGCCAGGCCAUCGCCUCCGACCUCUAGAAAAUCUACUGGCUUCCCUACACGUCUACGCCUCUCUUCCCAUCGCCGGCCCCGUCAACUUUUACAGCGAGCGAGCCCUCUUGCAAAUACCGUGUACGCCGCCUCGGUGCCGAAACCUGGCCCUCGCGCUGGCUACGAGCUACCUCUCCUGGGCCUGCCGUUCGCUUCCUACCUUAGGUAGCCAGGCUGCCACGCCGCCGAAGCCCCCCAUGAGCGAUUCACCCUCUCCGCCGGCGCCACCUCAUCCUCCCUCCCUGUCGUCCAACAAGCCAGCCGACGAGGCAGUCCCGACGUCCGGGCCUUCGUCCGCCGCCAGGACCCCGGCCAUCCUCCACUCGUCCGCGACUUUCCCCAUUCCUGAGCACGACAGCAUCACGACGUCGCCCGCGCCCUCGUCGCCCUCCUCCUCGUCGUACCUGGGCAGCAUGUGGACGGGCCUGAUACGCCGCUUCUCCUCCGAGGACGGCCAAUUCGGCAGCCAGGUCGAUGGUUCCCUUCACCACUCUCACCACAGCCAGGCGGAGCAGCACCACCACUACAAGGACGGCGUGAACGGCGUCUUCCAGCCUGCGGUGCGGCGAGCCACCCCGUUUCGCCCCCCGCCUCUCGAGCCACUCGUUCUGCACGGCUACCGCGACAGCACGCCAACCUCCGCUCGGCUAUUGACAAACGCCGUAGCCGAGGAGAUACGAGCCAUGGUACCGGAACGGCUGCGCAUCGUGGAAGACUGGCAUCUCGUCUACAGCCUCGAGCAGGACGGCGCUAGCCUGGCGACACUCUAUCAGAAGUGUAGGCAGUACGAGCGGCGGAGGGUUGGGUUCGUCCUCGUCGUCAAGGACCAAGAAGGAGGGGCCUUCGGCGCGUACCUCUCCGAGUACCCCCACCCGGCGCCAUCAUACUUUGGCAACGGCGAGUGCUUCCUUUGGCGGGCUUCGACCCUUGCUUCCUUGCCACCACCUCCCUCGGCGGACACGACCAACCUCACCCGGCACACGACCCUGGCCCCGCCCCCCAGGCCGGAAUCCGCAGCCGGAAGCGGCGCUUCGACACCCAGCGAGUCGAUACGCUUCAAGGCGUUCCCAUACAGCGGCCUCAACGACUGCUACAUCAACUGUGAGGCGGGCUACCUCAGCGUAGGCUCGGGCGGCGGCCACUACGGCUUAUGGCUCGACGACUCGCUGGAUAUCGGCCACAGCUCCCAGUGUGAGACAUUUGGCAAUGAGCCACUCAGCGAUGCUGGCGAAAAGUUUGGAGUAUUGGGCGUCGAGCUAUGGGUUCUGGGAGCUUGAAGUGCCCGAUAUUGUCGGGCCUGGCUCGAGGCUAUUGGACUCGACGCCGCCGACUCUCAAGCCUCUUGGGAAGCUUUGAAUGAUACGAUCCUUGACCGUGGCUUGUGGAUUUGAUUUCCGGCGUCACGGCAACGGCAAAAUCGCGUUUAAAUCAUUUGGUAAACGCAAGCCAUAUUGGCAUCAGUGGCUUGCGGCCGUGGCUGCGCGUCGGGGAAUUCGAGGAACAUGGCAUCCGCGCAGAUGUGAUGCCGAGCUAAUUUCCACUCCUCUCACUCCAAGUAACAGUGGGCAACAGAAACAAAAGAAACGACGUCAUCAUGUCUAGGAGCAGUCAACCGGCAGACUGCUGCCUUCUUGAUUCAAACUCUACUAUUCCCUGGAGCACACCCUCUGGAGACGGGGUUUCGGCGCAGACAUGCGGCUCAAAGCCGAACGAUUCAAUGAGAUGUGUCCUAGUCGUCGGACCAAUGGUCGCAAUGUAGGUGCCCGUGUCUUCUCGGACGUGCCUAGCCUUGCCGGUUGCCUCGUCGAGCAUGCCGAGGCAUCGGAGCAUGCUGUCGCAUCCCGUCGGAGAGAAGACGACGACCCAUCUCGACGGCGCGUCGUGUGUGGCGCUCAGCAUGCGAGCAAAAUCUUCCGGGAACGACUCCAUGACCCCGGUCCCAUAUACAACUUCCUCAUCGACACGUAUUCUGUCGGCGGCUGGGAGGGAUGGGUCCAUGAGAGUUCGGGCUAUGAUGUCGCGACGUUGUUCUCCGACGAGGAACAGCAGAGGGGGGCGCGUCGGACGGUCGCGAUACCAUUCACCGUAAUGCUGCAUCAUGAAAUGGGCUAGAGCUUCGCCAUUGCCCGUGUGUUCGCCGAAUAUUUGCAGGCGGGGCUCUUGUACGACGGCUCUCAGGGCGCGGGUCGUGGCCGGGCCAACGCUGUAUAUGGGAACAUCCUGCAGAUGUGGCCAGCUGGAAUCUCUACCUGCAAAAUUCAAGAACAGUCCGUUAGCACGUAGAAUGAAAGAUGAUGGGGGUGAGUUUGAGUCGUCAAUGCAAGCACGCACCUCUCCCAUCCUGAAC